AUGUCUCUCGAACCCUGGGAGCGUCCCUUUCCGGGUCUGGUGCGAGCCGGAAGAGAUAGCGACGGCAUUCCCACUCGACGACGCACCACACACGAGAUUGUCAUUCACGACGCGUUGGUCCGUUCGAGACGCAAGAACGUGGAUCUCGAAGCUACUGUUGCAGACUUGAGGAAGACGAUCGACGAGUUGACGAGGACGAAUGACGAGUUGAAGAAGGAGAAAGCCGAGCUGAAGACGAUGAACGAGGGCUUGCGGGCAACGAACAACUGCUUGAAGGAGGUCGGUCAAAGCUUCGAGAGGAUUUAUGUCGAUGCUGAAGAGGAGAUGCAGGGUUUGCGGACGGAGCUUGAUAGUCUGCGUGAGGGUUGGAACGCCGUGAAGAGGGCGGUGCAAAUGCACGAGUAA